CUCUAACGACACCAAGUAACAUUUUCGGCAUCAAUUUUAUUUCCAUCGUGGUCAACUUUCCGUGCUCGUCGACAACCAUCAUCUUCGAGGGCAUUCCUGUCGCUUGGAUCACAUGAGGAAAAUGAGAAAUAUGCUGGCACCGAAACGAAAACUCCAGCCUUGGCUUUGUAUGAUGAUUGUCAUUCAACUAUCUCUGAGACAAAAAUCGGUUGGCUCCUGGCACAUUAUUCCGAGAACGAUUAAGCAAGGUAUCAAUCGGCAGCUACUGUCACCGCCUCGCUACAUCCCGUGUGGCAGGAACACAAACCCCUGCUUGCGAUCGACCACGGCCUUAAUGUAUACGGUAGAAACCGGUAUGCAGAAUGCCACGGCCCCGUUUGUGACCGCUCCUACCGCUACUCUUAUCAAAGAAGCACAAACACUCUCGCAAACUAAAACUCCCUUACCUCCGUCCUUUGAGGUCACUUCCGCUUACCUUCCUACCGGUGAUCAACCCGAAGCCAUUGAUCGUCUCGUGGAACAGGUACAACGAGGAGACAAAUACAGCGUUCUGCGAGGAAUCACUGGAACAGGAAAAACGUUUGUAAUGGCCCAUACCCUUGCGAGAUGCAACCGUCCAGCUCUAAUCCUUUGCCACAACAAAACUCUAGCAGCACAAUUGGCAAGAGAAUUGCGUUCUUUGCUUCAAAAGAACCAGGUUCAUCUAUUUGUGAGUUACUACAAUCAUUAUGUUCCUGAAUCCUAUAACGAAAAAAUUGGGAAGUUCACUUCGAAGAAAUCGAGCAUCAGCAAGGAACUAAAUGCUCUACGGCAUUUGACGACAAGAGCACUCGUUGAGCAUUCCGAUACUGUGAUCGUAGCCUCGAUCAGUUGUAUUUAUGGGUUGGGUCUUCCUGCUUCGUAUCUGGAUUCAGCCUUCACAUGGGAGGUUGGUGGAGGGGCCCAAUACUCGGAAGAGGAAAUUAUUGGUAUGUUGCAGGGGGGCAUGUACACAAGCAAAGAAAAUGAGGACAACGAGUGGUUGGAGCUUUCUGAUACUACGAGUUUGGAACACGGCGAAUAUCACAUGUCCCGUUCGUCGAUUGAUGGAGCUUUGUCGGUCAUAUUGUGGCCCCCCACCGAGCCUUCGGCAAUCAGAGUCCAUUUUAAUGUGACCAAAACCAACAAGGAGAAUCUGUCGUAUUCAAUUGGUUCUAUAGACACCAUUUGUCCAAAUGAUGAUGACAACACAUUCAGGAUGGAAAGCGUCACGAUCUUUCCUGCCAGGCACCACUCGACUGGUUCGGACGAGGAACGAUUUGAGGAGUCUCUUUCGAGGAUACAAGAAGAGCUUUCGAACCAAGUAAAAAACUUUAACGCAGAAUCAAAAUUUGUGGAAGCGGAUCGAUUGUCUCGGCGUGUUAGCGAAGAUCUCAUGUUGCUGAGAGAAACAAGGAACUGCAAUGGAAUUGAAAACUACAGCCGACAUUUGGCUUUGAGGAACGAAGGAGCUGCACCGGACACGCUGCUUGACUAUUUUGGCUCUCAAAACUUUUUACUGUUUGUCGAUGAAUCCCAUGUGGCACUCCCUCAAUUGGCUGCAAUGUAUCGUGGUGAUAAGGCACGAAAAAAAAUGUUGGUCAAACAUGGAUACCGGCUCCCGUCGGCAUUAGACAAUCGCCCCCUGAAAGAAGACGAAUUCUGGGAUCGAGUGACUCAAACAGUGUUUGUCUCAGCGACUCCCAGCAAGAAAGAAUUGGAUCUUAUAUCGAAUAUUCACGAGAACACACCCAUUGAUAUGACAAUUCGACCAACCUUUGUGUGCGAUCCUCCGAUCGACAUUCGACCGACCGGAAACCAGCUCGAGGAUCUUGUCGCGGAAGUGAAAAAAAGAAUUGAAAGGAAAGAGAGAUCAUUGGCAAUGACUUUGACCAAAAGGGACGCAGAAGAUUUGUCAAGUUUUUUAAUCGAACAAGGUAUACCUUCAACGUAUAUUCAUUCCGGACUAAAAACACGCGAACGCUCUGAUGCACUGAAAUCUCUCCAGCUUGGCAAAAUCGAUUGCCUUGUGGGGGUGAAUCUUCUCCGAGAAGGCCUUGAUUUACCAGAGGUAUCUCUCGUUGCUAUUUUAAAUGCUGAUGUAGAAGGAUUCUUGCGAUCCGAAACGGCUCUGCUCCAAACCAUUGGCCGAGCCGCCCGGAACCAGAACGGCAGAGCUAUUCUUUAUGCUGACCGCAUUACUGAUAGCAUGGAGAAGUGCGUCUCGUCUACCAGAAGGAGAAGGGAAAUUCAGCUCGCAUACAACAAAGAAAAUUGUAAGGAAGUUAGAUCGGCGAAAGGAUCUUCUUUUUUACCAAUAUUUGAUUUGCUCAGUGACAAAAUAAAGGAGGAGACAGCUUUGGAUGAAGAGUCGUCGACUUCAGAGCCAAUGACAGCUUCAGCAGCUGGUUACAGGAAAGGAGAGUCUACCGUUCAUGUAUUGCGAAAUAUGGAUUUAAAUAGGCUACCAAAGAAACCUGGUGUAUACUUCUGGAAAGACAGAGAUUCGAAUAUUUUAUACAUUGGCAAAGCGAAACAAUUGAGACAAAGGAUUAUGUCCUAUGUGAGACCAAGGGCCAAACAUGGAUCUAGAAUAAAGGCGAUGCUUGCAAAGAGUGAAACAGUCGACUUUUUGAUCACCCCUUCGGAACGCGAUGCUUUACUGUUAGAAGCGAAUCUCAUCAAUCGUCACAAACCACCAUACAACGUGUUGCUCAAGGAUGACCAAUCAUAUCCAUACAUCUGUGCUUCCGUUGGAGACGAGUUGCCAGAAUUUAGAAUGGUUCCACGAAGGCAGGUUUACGGAGACGCCGGCACCUACAGAUACUUUGGUCCGUACCCAGAUUACAGUGAUAUAACAGCGAUUCUUGAAGGGAUUGAGGAGACUUACGGUCUUCGGUCGAUGCGUUUUAAGGCACGUUUUGGAGACUUUGAUAAGGAAGCAUACCAAGCCAGAUUUGAUGAAGCAUUUCGUGAGGUAUUCCAGACAAGCGAAGGUUCGCCUAUGGUUCCACUUUCGAAUAUGCGUCUGAAAGGAGAGGAAGCCUCAAUUAUUUUCGAUUCUGCGUACAACAAAUCAAGAGAUGUUGUUGUGGUCGUUGAAUCAGACCUUUUGUUGAAUGAAAUAAUUGUUCUAGUCCUACAGCUUCGGCAAGGGAUUGUUAUAGGUAGCUUUUCCUAUAUCUUCGAGUUUGGCAAAGGUCAUAUCAUGGAUAGAGAUCUCUCAGAAGCUAUAGAGGCCGUUCUUAUUGAACGUCAUUAUCGAUCGGGUGAAGCGCCACUAAGGGCUGGAUAUUCCUUCUUUCCCGACGAAAUUUUGGUACAACAUCCUAUUCGCAAUUUAAAGGAGCUAAAAGACGUUAUCAAGUUGUCAAGGGACAGUGUCGAAGUAGAAAGAAAGGACGCCAAAAUAUCAGUUCGAAAGCCGGCUGUGAGUGGAUCCAAGAAAAAAGUAGAUGCGAGGGUCAUAGAGUUCGCUCUGCAAAACGCAAAACAGGUAGCACGAGAACGAGAGACUAGACGACAUGGCGAUGCAUUGCUUACAUCAGUUGACGGGACAGCAGCUACAGAGCUAGCGAGUCUUCUAUCUCUUGAGGCAAAGCCUGAGAAAAUUGAAUGCUUUGAUAUAAGUCACCUGCAAGGAGAAGCCGCGGUCGGUUCACGAGUUGUGUUUAAUAAUGGAAGGCCACAACCACACCUUUAUCGUCGAUUCAAUGUGAAUACUGUUGCAGACACAAGGGAUGACUAUGCCAAUCUAGAAGAGGUUCUAGCUAGAAGAUUUCUUCGCGCAAGAUCUGUAAACUCGUUUGACCCUGUUGAUAAAGACGACCCUUGGGCAGUUCCCGAUGUUGUGGUAAUUGAUGGUGGGAAAGGUCAACUUGCUGCCGCUUUGCGGGGUAUGGCCAAGGCCCGGGUGUUUCCCUCCAACCUUUAUUCUAAUGAAACCAUGUACAAGGACGUUGAGUCAUCAAGUUGUCUCAAGAAUAAUAUCCCCCCGGUUUUUGUACCGGUGAUUGCCCUUGCGAAGCGCAAUGAAGAAUUGUUUGAACCGGGUUCUAGAUAUUCAAUCAACGCAAAACCAGACUCCCCUGCACUGCUGCUUCUUCGUGCUUUGCGUGACGAAAGUCAUCGUUUCGCGGUGUCGUCACAUAAGAAACGACGAUCGAACAUGAACAAACUGUAACCCAUACUCAUUGUUUAUUCCUUUUACUCUUUUCCAGACUAGAACUACCUUAUGUCACUUUAGCCUGUCGAUAUCUCACUCGGGUUGGAACUAUUGCAGUCCUAAGCGCACCUCCAAACUAUGAGUGAAUGAACAUUUAUUUCAUGA